AUGCAAGCGGUAUCAAAUGCUCGCCGAGUCUCUCGGCUCUUGCAAUCUCCAAUUUUCCGUUCAUUUCAUCUUCGAACCACCGAACAACCGUUUCUCUCAGGGCUCGUACAACGCAAUUUCAGUUCCGGAGUUGAUAACGUUGAAGGGACUCCAACAGAAGCUGUGAAGGAUCUUUAUGAUAAAAUGCUUCAGUCUGUGAAUGUUAAACGAUCCAUGCCUCCAAAUGCUUGGCUAUGGUCAAUGAUUGCGAAUUGUAAACACCAGCACGAUAUUAGUCUUCUCUUUGACGUUUUGCAGAACCUCCGCAGAUUCAGGUUGUCGAAUCUUCGCAUACACGACGAUUUCAAUUGUAGUCUCUGCCGGGAAGUUACUAAAGCAUGUGUUCAUGCUGGAGCCAUUGAUUUUGGGAAGAAGGCUUUGUGGAAGCAUAAUGUCUAUGGAUUGGCACCUAGUGUUGCAUCGGCACACCAUAUAUUGACGUAUGCUAAGAAUCACAAUGAUACUAAUCUAUUGGUGGAAGUAAUGAAACUUUUGAAGAGGAAUGAUUUACCAUUGCAACCGGGCACGGCAGAUAUAGUUUUCAGCAUUUGUUAUAAUACAGAUGAAUGGGAGUUGAUUAAUAAGUACGCAAAAAGGUUUGUCAAGGCUGGUGUAAAACUACGACAAACCUCAUUUGAAACAUGGAUGAGAUUUGCUGCGAAAAGAGGAGACACUGAGUCAUUAUGGAAAAUAGAAAAGUUGAGAUCUGAUUCAAUGAAGCAGCACACUUUGGCAACUGGGUUUUCUUGCGCCAAGGGCCUUCUAUUGGAACGUAAACCUAGUGAUGCCGUUGCCAUCAUUCAAGUUCUAAAUCAGACUUUGUCUGAAGCCAAAAAGUCAGGCAUGAAGGAUGAACUUCAGAAACUUGUAUCUGAGUGGCCUUUGGAAGUACUUAAGCACAAAAAAGAAGAGGAAAGAAAGGCAUUAGCAGCCUCUUUGAAAUCUGAUAUCCUUGACAUUGUUAAUAAUUUGGACACGGGACUUGAGGCUAACAUAAGUUUGGAAGACUUAAACCGAAGAGAAAGCAUUCCACAAUAG